AAGGAAAAGGAAAGAGUGAACAACUUCGACUUCGAGAGUUUUGAUGAUUCAGCCAGAAAUAUAGAAAAUCUAUGUCUAAACCAUUUUUGAGUUCUUUAAUACAAUCCUAGAUUUUCUUUCUUUUUUCAUUCUCUCUCAUGUUUUCCAUGACCACCACACCUGUGAAAUUCUCCACAAACUUGAAGCCCAGUUUCUUCCAUGAUGGCCUAUUAUACAAGAGACCCAUGUUCUGUUUCUCUCAUUUAGAGACAACAAAGUGUAAUUCUUCUCUUCGGAGUAGCAGCUUCAAGCCUAGAGCAUACAGGGAGAGAUGGUCCUUCUUGGGAGCAGGUGCAGUAUUUAAAAAUGGGGGUUUGUUGGAAGAGAAAAGGUCCAAGAGGGUGGUUUUGGUGAAGAAUUUUGACUUGAACAGUGGUGGUGGUGGUGGUGGCGGUGGUGGCGGUAAAGAUGACGGUGACACUGCUAGGCUUUGGGGAAAUAUUGCUGUAGCUAUUGGUUUAACUUAUCUUUCAUUUACUGGACAGCUUGGCUGGAUUUUGGAUGCUAUUGUCUCCAUUUGGAUCAUUGCAGUGAUAGUACCCAUAGUAGGCCUUGGUGCUUUCCUUUGGUGGGCAGGACGAGAUAUAAUGCAAGGCACGUGCCCAAAUUGUGGAAAUGAUUUUCAGGUCUUCAAAUCCACUCUGAAUGAUGAUUUGCAGCUUUGCCCUUAUUGUGGUCAACCUUUUUCUGUUGUUGGCAAUGAGUUUGUAAAGGACUCUGUGAAGUUUUCAAACCAAUCUACAACGUUUGGGCAAGCAUUCAAUAAUUUCUCCCGCUCUAGCAAUGAAAAAGAUUCUGGUAGGGCAAUUGAUGUUGAAGCUGAAAUUAUGGAUGCAGACUGAGUCAUAGCAGCUAAACAUGUUGGAUGACUAUGGUGAAGACAAAUGUAUUCAGUUAAAGAACAAGAUGGGGUCUACAUUUUAAAGCAUAAAACACAUUCUGGAGGGAAGAGUGUGGUAAGUAGAGUAACACGUUUCAGAGAAGAGUAUGGUGAGCAGAGCAACAUUGCAAUUGUAAAAUAAGUUUUGACAGUGAUGUUUCUCAGGUCACUCCUCUAUUAUUUUGGUUUACUAAAAUGCUUCUUCGAUUGUCAUUUUUGUAGAAAAAUAAAGAAAAAAGUGCGCGGACAUGGAAAUAAAGUAACAUAUAUUAUGUAUCAAGGGGAUUAGUCUGACGACUGUCAGAUGUGAGGAUA